GGAAGUAACAACCGGCACAUCAACACGGACAGCUGAGCCGGUAAGAUAGCAACUUUUAGUUGAAAUAUUUACACGCCACAAGCUGUCAACACUGUUCACAUUGAUGGCGGAGCUUAGUGAAAAUAACAGCCGAGAAAGUGAAGAAGCUAACGGGACAAAGAGCAGAAAGGUCCCGGAGGUUCUGUGUGAAACAGGUGACCCCGCGGUGACAGUACCUCGGGGACUGUGGUCAAAUCACGAGCGGAGGAAAAAGUUAGUCCUGCAUGUGGACCUCAACAACACCAUCCUGGUGUCUGACGCCAUGACGUCUCAGGGGACUGUGGCUGCUCUGGACUACUUCCUCUCAACUGUGACGUGGGGGAAAAUGAACAAACAAGGAAAGUGGGAGUGGCUGAGUGACUCCCCCUCUCUGCUCCCACCGAGCGAUGAUGCUGUUAGUUACUACUCUCAGUUUGGAAGGACACCGGGUUUCACCUCUGCUGCGGGCCGAUGUUUCCGUGGGGUUCUGGAUCAGCAUCUGGAUCUGCUCCGCUGGCCAGAGGGUGUCAAGAGAGACAAAGACAUGUCUGUGAAAGGAGAGGACGGUCGCCUGUACCACUGGAUCUUGCCCUCCUUCUUCCAGCUCUUUAAAGACCUGGUGCAGGAUGGGCGGGACUUUGCCAUCGUCUUUCGUACGUUUGGAACCGAUCUACCUCGUGUGCUGAAUGCUGUGUCCAGAGCACUGAAUGAAGGAGUGCAUCCACUGUUCCCAGAUCUGCCUGAAAUCAAGCUUAAUGUGAACUUGACUCCAGGCAAGAUCCACUGCAGUAAGAGAGCGAUCGUCCUGAGCCGAGCUGAGGACCGCGUGUCAUCUCGUGAUGGAGAGAGAGGCCUGUAUGAGUACCUCAGCUCAGUCCAGGGCCUGGGAGGCUUCCAGGACCACUUUGACUGGUGGGCUAGUAACAGGUUCUCCAUCCGUGGAGGGAAGCCUUUGUGGAUCGACCCUUUUGACCAAAACGUCCAGCACAUCUUUAUAGACGACAAUAUUCGACAGAAUGAUGAAGAUACCAUAGUUCAUCCAAAGGUGUUUUUGGACCCAGGUGGCGUUGAGACUCGCACAGCCUGCACCUCUGAGCUUUAUGACAUCACGCUGGUCCAGACCGACCUCCUGAGGGCCAUUUCCGACCCGAGCUACUUCACCCAGCGCGUCAACAUCUGCCUGGAAAACUAUGACAGGAACCUCCAGCAGGGGGCGGGCUAGAACUUGGAUCAACCCCUUUUCUCAUGUAUGUCUGUUUGUCUGUGAGACAACCUGCAGUUUAGGGUUCCAUAAACACAGAGCGUACAAUCCAAGCAGACACAGUAGACUCUAGUUCAGACUGUUACAAGAAAGACUGACAAGGUGUUGAAGGAAGAGUAUUCAGAAAACUAUAAAUCAGAAGAAGUGUACUUAUGGACGAAGGUUACCUGAAAGGGAAAUGAAGGAACUAUUUCAAAAUAACAGAUUAAAAAAAAACUUUGUUCAUGGAACUCAGACUUGUAAUGCCCUCUUUGCGAUGAACGCCUGUUCUUGCAGUUUGUAAAUUGGGUUAAGGUCAAAAGUUAGCUAACAUUUGGUUGAGGGGGUACGAUCACACGUAGUGGGACAUGACUCCCUGGCAGAAAGCUCAGAAGAAAACCGAAACUAAGGUUAUUAUUUUUAAUUCAGCCAUCAUGACAUAAAAGAAAAGACGUAACAGGAAGUUUAUUUAUUUAUGGUUUAUUUGAUAGGACAGAUACAAUAUACAUACACAAACUGAAAACAGCCAUCCAGUAUCAUAGUGCUUAUAGCGGGUGCUAAUUUGCAACACUGGAAAUAGAAGAUUAAAACAGUUAAAAAGGAAAAAGAACGAAUAAACUGGGCACUGAAGGAUCCAAUAGGACACACAUUUAGCUUUGAUAUAGCUACAAACAAUUAGACAUGAGUACAAGUCUGUUGCUGAACUUACCAGGAUUUGGUGUCUCUCUUAAAAGCGGUAAAGUUUGCAGUAAGCUUCAAGUAAUCAGGUAGCGAGUUCCAAGAUUUUUGCUCCUUUCACAGAAAAAGCUGUUUGAGCAAAGGACGUUUUGAAUAAAUGAAACUUCACAGUAGCCACAUGAAGCUGCUCUGCUGCAGCCAUGUAGUCUCUGUAUGAAUUUGCAGAAAGGCUCGAGUCGAUCUCAGACUGACUUUUCUAGAGAGUGUAAACUGCACUCCAUCACUGAAGGAUUUUAAAACCAACAUAGAGGCUUGUAUAACGUUGCUUUACCAAAAACCUAGAUAAGGAUAUAAUACAACUACGCAAGAUAAAAUAUUCUAAACAAAUUUCAGGUCAAACUAAAAGCAUUUGAGUGAGAAGGUGUGGCAGCUCAUACUUGAUCCACUCCAGCACAGAAGUCAGCAAACAUGUCAGGUUACACAAAGAGCACUUUAGAAAUACACUGUACAGUCGGCUGUCCUUACAUGAUCCACCACAUGAAGAGUUUUUGGACUUAAUUAAGCUGCAAAGCGGCUGGCGCAGACUCCUUGAUGAAGGGCUCUGUGGCUAAUUAUCCUGCCACUGAUUAAUCGCCCUAACUCUGAAAUCUGUGUCAGACAGUAUAAUUGGGGUCUGGCAUGGUGCAAAAACUCUCAAGCGUUGAGGUAGUUGUAUACUGCAUAACUGCAUCAGAUGAUCAGCUCUUCAUCUGUCUUCCUCACGAUGAUACGCUGUCAAGUAGCUUCAUGUUUGAUCGUUAAGAGCCUUUAUUUUCAUAUCCACUUGAGGCGAUUGUCUGUAGUGUUUACAUCCAGCCAGGACAGAAAGGUAAUACUUGAAUAUUUUGACAGUUUAGUGAAUGAUAAACACAUUAUUAGGGUUUUUCACACUUGCAGAAAAGUCCUGAUAAACUCCUGAUAUUUGCCGGACACAAACAGCCACAUUUUGGUUGUUGGGAUACCGUUAAAGUAAACGUAGCAUUGAUGUAAAGGUAAAUACUCUCAUUAUAGCGUCGUUUAGCAGACUCUGUUGCUUCCUCUGUUACUUCCGCAACUUUUUUAUACUUGACGUCUUACCUCAUGAGACCCCCCCGCCACCCCCUCCCGUCUGGCAGAGAUAGCCUCCUGCUGUGAGGAGCAUAUGUGAACAGCCAGUCAGAAGGACUUCAGGAUGAUGUGACUGUAUUUUUAGUGAGAAUCAUUAGACAUUGUAUUAGAUUCAAAAGUCUCAAUAUUGAAUUCAUAAGCACGCAUUUAAUUUCCUAAAAUGUUAAGGUACGUUCAGACAUCAUUAUCCAUGAAGCUGAUGUUAGCGCAGUCUUGUUAUACAAAGUAAUAUUCUCUCUCAGCACAUAGUUAUAGUGGAUACAGCUGUGGGAUGCUAUGAAAAAUGUACUUCAGUUUUUAUUAUUCAAAAGGACACUUGUGUCAAACUUUUGCUAAAAGAUUUUGUGUGGAAGUUGUGCUUCUUUUAAGUUAAGGGUUUUUAGGAUAUUUAUUUAUUUUUAAAGUUCAGGGGGUCUUCUUUUUUUCUCAGGUCAAACUUAGAGAGACUGACUGCUGAAAGCAAACAGUAAAAACACUUUAAAGGUCACAUAUUCUCCUCCUUUUUAACAAGUUUCAAUAAGUCUCAGAGCUCCACAAAACAUGUCUGUGAAGCUUCUUGCUAAAAAUCCACUCUGAUCCUGUAUUUGAUCAUGUCUAUAAUCCCCUCUAUUUCAACCCUGCUCAGAACAGGCUGUUUCUGUGUAUGUAGCUUUAAAUAUGUAAAUGAGCUGUGUCUGACCACGCCCCCUCUCUGGAAGGUCUUGGGUGGCUUGGGCUGUCUUGCACCAUACCCAAUGUUUAACAGUGAGAAGGCAGACUCAGAGGGCAGAAAAAACACCUAGCUGUGGGAGUGUCACCCACCUGGGGGAGGGGUUACUGCCCUUUGUGAUGUCACAAAGGGAAAAUCUCCAAACGGCCUGUUUGAGCACACAUUUUCUGAAAAGUGGAGCAGGUAAAAGACAGAGGGGAUGGACUUUUCUCAUCAUUGGGGGGUUUGUAGUCAGUCUAGAGACACAUAUUGUUAGAGAAAAACAUGGUGAAUAGUAUUUUGCAUAAUAUGUGACCUUUAAAGAGAGAAUACUCAAAUAUUGGUUUCUGAAAUAAAACCAGUAGCUUUUUUAAUAUAUGUGCAACAUUAAUUUAAAAGGGAGCAUGCAAUGAGUUCAAUGGAAAGACAAAUACAAAGACAAGCAGGUAUAGAAAGCUUUGUUGUUGAUAACGUUACAGUAGUUCAUAAUGAUGAGUAAAAUAUGAGUUUCAAUGUGCAAAACUUAAAUAAAGAAGAAGCUAUCAUCCCAAUAACAAAGGUUGAGUAUCAUGCACAGGUUUAUUAGAUCAUCUUCAUUUUUAAAUGAGGAAGAUUUUAUUAAUGAUACUGUGCUUCUAGAGUCUAAACAGUCACUGAUUUUCAUCCAAACAAAAGCUGUUAUAUUAUUUUUUAUAAGUGCAGCAAUGAGAAAGAAAAAGCACUUACAAAGACUUUUGUCCGUUUUUUUAAGAUAAGAAAGUAUCUUUUUGCGUAUUACUGUAAAUAUAGACUACACAUUCUAUAUCCAUACUAAUUAAAAUGACGAUUUCUUCAGUACACAAGUUUACUCACCAGUUUUUCAACCACAAAGUUUGUUACAUAUUACUUUUGACUCUAAACCUUAGAUAUUUUAAUAACUUGUAUAUUCUUUUCCAAAGUCAAACUAGAGUUCUGAGAAACAAAGAAAAGGCUCGCAACAACAGGUUGUAUUGAUCGAGAGAAAAAGUACUGACAGAAAUGGACAAAUAGUUGCUGAGCUGAUUGAGAUGGCUUUUUACUGAUGAGCAAUGAUUUAGUGUUUUGCACUUUGAAUUCAAAGACAACAUUUUAUGAAAAGGUAACAAUGUAGCCUGACUCUUUGAAUACAAUAUUUUGCACACUGAAACUCACCAUUUAAAUAAUGAUCAGAUCUAAUUAAGCUUAAAUCAAAACUCUGUGGCACACUGAAAAUAACUUUACUUUAUCAUGAGCGAACAACGCGCACUGGGCGAACCUGAGGAAGCUACAGGCGAAACAUGUCGUUAGCUCACAAUAAAAUACAGUAGUUAUUUUCAGUGUGCCACAGACUUUUGAUUUAUUUUUUGUGGUUUGUUCCUGCAACCGUCGGCAACUUGAGAACGUGUUCAGGCUGUGCACGAGGUGCCAUGUUGGCCAUUUAUCUAAAUAAGCUCGUCAUUGUGAAUCACUGUUGAGUCAUUCACUGACAUCACACCCACACCACUUCUUUAAUUCUCAGGCUGCCUCAUGUAUGACACAUCAAACCUUGAAUAUUCUGAUUUAUUUAUCUUUUCUGAUGUCAUAUUAACGUAAGAUGUUGAAUAAACCUGAACGUUUCUUUUCAUGAA